AUGAUUGAACUUAUUAAUCAAAAGCAUAAUCCAGGUUCAAUAUGGCAUCAGAUUAAACAAAAUAAUAUGCCCGUAUGUCGUUUGUUUGACGGCAUAGUCCGCUUACGUUAUACUGACGAUCUUGCACAAAAAGAACGUAUUGAUAUAAAUGACUUCGUCGACAAGCUGGAUAACCAAGUUUUUCCAUUUAUUGACAAAUUAGCAGAUGAUAAAAUAAACUUAUCUGACAUGGCUGAUCUCAAGGAAACAGAUGAUACUAAUACCAUCAACAAUCUUGAACAAUUGAGUAACAGAAAACAGUGUUCAUUGGAAAAUAUCUUCCGUGAUUAUGGAUUUUUAACAGAAGAAUUUCAAGGUAUCAGUAGUAAACAUUUAGAUUUGAUUAAAACAGCAAACGAAUAUUGCACUAUUAUCGAAUUAAUGAAAGAAUUCGAUUUAUAUUCCGAUAAGGGUCGACAAAAAUUUCAAGAAUUACGAGACAAUUUGACCAUACAAUUUCAAUUACAAGAACGCAAUAAUAUUAUAUUAAAUUCAUUUAUUAUCACUUAUACAUUAUGUGAACCAUUUGUUCUCAAAGCUAAAACAUUGAAAGAAUUUGUCGAUCGCGUUGUCCAUUUGGUCGAUUUCGAUACAAAUUCACUUCAGCACAUGAAAGUUGUAAAUGGUAAUGUGCAAAUCAUUCGUAUGUGGUUAUCUACAGAAGAAACAACAGUUUUUGAUAAUGCUCUUGUUGUAAUGGCACAUUUAUAUAAGACAGCAUAUUACCUACGUUCAUUACCAAUAAAUGAAUGUAAUUCAUUCGAAACUAUAAUCGCUCAUCUAUAUGAAAGUCAUACAUUUAAACAUGACGUUAGUGUCGAUGCAUCUCUCAAACAUCUCGAUCAUUUUCUUAAUGAAUUUUUAAAAUAUUCAAAUCAAACACUGUACAAGAAUGUGACAAACAGUGAAAGUCAACAGUAUCUCGCCACAUUGAAUUCAACAUAUCACAUGCCAGAUAAAAAUUUAUGUGAAUGCACACUUGAUAUGGAGACGUUUUGUAUUCUAUUAAAUCUUUUUAAUGAUCGAUUACCAGUAGCUUCUCAGAUACUUUGGUGUUCGACAAUCAAUGAAGAUGAUAUUCAUUUAUUUUUUUCACGCAUUCGAACAUUUUCCAAUAUGAUUUUUGUUAUUCUGGAUAUCGAUAAAAUGCAUCCUCGUCUUCGUGAAGUAGUAUUAAAUGAACAAGAUUUAUUAACAAAUUCUAGAGAACCGCAUGGCAAUGUUUACUACUUUUCUCGAGAAUUAACAACGUAUCGAAGAGGAUUGAAAUUCUUUCAUGUACCAUCCGCCUAUGGGAAUGCUAGACAGACCCAUACUAACUUGAAUCAAUUGUUUCAACGAACCAAUCGAAAACCACCAAAAAUUCAUAUUAUAUGUGGAAAAGAAGGAACUGGCAAAACUCAUCAAAUUAAAACAAAAUACAUGAAUGAGGAUACGUUGUGUUUUAGUAUUAAUGACAAAUUAAGUUUAUCAUCAUUAAUAAGUGCACUUCUAUCAUAUGAUUCGACAAUAUCAAACAAUUUUCCAUUAGUCUAUAUUAACAUUUCCAUUCAUGCUCCAUUUGAUGAGUUAAAUCGUACGUUAUUUUCCUUAUUAGUUUGUGGUACAUUGACUGAUCCGACUAGCGGUCUUACAUUUGCUUUGCCAAGUACAAAAACAUGGACUUUUUUCGUUGAGAUUCCGUAUUCCAGUAAACAUCAAAUGGAAAUCAAGGAAAAUUUGAAUUAUUUACUACCAAUACUUUCCAUCAUCGGCCAAUCGUCCAUAGAAAUCAUUACUGAUGAAGAUUAUCAGUUGCAUAUUGGAGAAGAAGAAGAAUUAGUUGCUCGAUUCCUUAAAGCGUAUUCGAAUGGCACGAUCGACCGUCGUCCAACCACAUCGGAAUGCGUACCAUACGAAUUUGAAGCAUUAAAAGAUGAAAAUGAAUGUCGUCAUUAUAUAUAUGAGUGUAUACAAAAAUAUGCACCUUAUAGAGUACGAAAUAAAACCUAUGAAGUAUCUUUUACAAAAUUUCUUUAUCGUCGUGUUCGAUUUUUUACUAAUUUUUAUUACACUUUGAAUGAACUUAUUCUGAAUCUUGGUUCAAUAGCCAUGACUCAGAUGAUACAGGAAGCAAAGUCACUUUCUGAAAUAAGUUUUCAUGAUGAUAACUACCCACGCUUGUAUCUUGUUUACGAUCCUGAUUUCUCAUUACAUUUAUUACAUAACAAUUGGGAUGAAGUUCCAAUUGGAAUAAAAACUUUAUGGGAAGAUGCUGAUCCAUUGAAAAGAUCCGAAUUCUUAAAUAGAAAUCAUUUUCUUAAAUGUUUAUCAUGGCUUGUCAACACUAAAUAUGAAACAUGUGAACGAAUUAUGAAUCAGAUGAAAUUUAUUUUAACUGAAAACUUUGCCUACAAACUUUUUCAUAUACAUGAACGGAAAUUAACAACUCUUCCAUUGAUAAUUGAAGGUGAUACAGGAAUUGGAAAGACAUAUCUUCUGAAAUUCUAUUCAUUAUUAUUGAAUGCAAAUAUUCAACAUGAUUAUGAUCAAGCAAGUUUUCGAACACAAAUACUCGAACGUGCUAAUCUAUGGAUGUCCGAAGUUAUCUUUGCUAAAUUUUUAGAGACAAAACCAAGUGUAUUGAAUGAAGUACUUCAACGUAUAAGACCGAAAUUAAUGAGUUCUCACGACGUGGAUAUACAAGACGAUGAUAUCGAUAUAGAUCUCGAAUAUAGUGAUGAUGAUGAUGAUGAUGAUAAUAAUAAUAAUGAUGAUGAUGAGGAUAAUAAUAAUGAUGAUGAUGAUGAGGAUAAUAAUAAUAAUGAUGAUGAUGAUAAUAAUAAUAAUAAUGAUGAUGAUGAGGAUAAUAAUAAUAACGAUGAUGAUGAGGAUAAUAAUAAUAAUGAUGAUGAUGACGAAAACAGCAAUCAGGAACAAGAAUAUCGUCACUUUGAUGAAGACAUUGAAGAAGACGAUAAUGCAGAUACAGGAAACGAAGACGAAGAGGAUCAGAAUGCAAACUCGUUCAGUAGAAGAUUUUCACAAAUUCUAAAUACCGAUACACACCAUGACGAAGAGAGUCCAGUUCCGUUCAAUGAUCCACCUUCUAACGAGAUAGAAAUUUCAGAUCAAAGACAAUCAGUGGAACGAAUGAAUUUGGAAUUACUCAAACAAUGUAAAGCUUCGUUAACAAAAUUUGAAUACAAUUCUGACAUGUUACUAUUCAUUUGGAAGAGCAUUCUAACAGUAGCCCAGAAGAAUUCGGCGUCAACUGUUAAACAACUACUGCGUAUGGCACGAAAGUAUGUAGAAACAGAAUUGGAUAGUUUGCCUUUGAUCGAAGGUAGCUCUCGAUUAAAGAAUUUACUCGAAGAUGGUCCACCGAAUAUUCGAACGUCCAUAGAGAUUUUAGAGGAGUAUUUAUCUCAUUCAUAUGUGAAAUCGGUAUUUUAUCGGUUACUGAUUCAUCCAGGUGUAACUGAAAAAGAAAUCGAACGAUUUAUUUCACCAAUAUCAGAACUAGCUCAAAAAUGGAAAAAUAUUGAAUUGGUUGUAUUCUUUGACGAAUUGAAUACAUCAUCAUGUCUUGGACUAUUUAAGGAAAUAUUUAUUGAUAGAACAUUACAAGGUGUUCGUUUGCCUAAAAAUAUCUUCUUUACAGCUGCUAUCAAUCCAGCAUUAGAUAAAACUAAUCAAGAUAAUCUUGUUCAUCGAUUAGAUUAUCUUGUUCAUAAAUUACCAGGAUCGUUGGAACACUUAAAAGUAUCCUAUGGAGCAUUAGAGCCGAAAACAGUGAACGAUUAUAUAACGCAAAAAGUAGCAAAGUUUGAUUUGAAUUUUUCUAUUGAAUCGGAACAAAGAACGUAUUUACAAGGAAAACUUAUCAAGGCAAUUCUAGCUGCACAAGCGUUUUGUGAGGAGAAACUUGGUAAAAAUACAGUAUCACAAAGAGAAAUUCAACGAUGUUUCACUCUCAUUGAAUAUUUCUAUGAGAGUAAUAAAGAUGAAGAAGAUCCAGAUCUUGAUCGAUGCAUAGCAUUAUCACUUUCAUUAAUCUACUAUUUUCGAUUGCCAACAGAUGAAGAUAAUAAGAAACGAGGAGAUCAAAAAAAACCAUCACGAGAACAACUUGCUGGAUUGCUGUCUAAAAACCUUCCAAAAUUUUCAAGAAUCGUUCAACAAGAACUGGAAAAUUUUGUUAGUACCAAAAAUUUUAUUAUUCCACCAGGUGUAGCAAUUAAUCAAGCCAUUCGUGAGCAUAUUUUCGCAAUUACCAUCUGUAUUGUGACGCGAAUGCCAUUAUGUAUCAUCGGUGCACCAGGACAAUCAAAAACGCUUUCAUUCCAAAUUGUCUUACAAAAUCUUCAAGGUUCGCAACUAUCAAAAACGGACUUUUGUAAAAAAUUACCAGCAGUUGAUCCAUUCUUUUGUCUUGGUUCAAAAUAUACGUCAUCAAAUGAUAUCGCAUGUGUAUUUGAGCGAGCAAUAAAACGUGAACAACAAUAUCAACAGAAUCGCAUGGCUACUCGAUGUGUCGUUUUCUUGGAUGAAGCUUCGCUGCCAGAUGAAAAUAAAAUGGUAUUAAAAGUACUUCAUCAAUAUUUGGACGAAUGUACAGUAGCAUUUGUAGCAAUAGCAAACAAAUCAUUUGAUGCUGCAAAUGCCAAUCGAAUGACAUGUAUCUAUCGUUCACUUCCAUCAGAAGAUGAUCAAAAAAUUUUAGCCUACGGUUGUCUUGGUCUACAAAAUGAAGAGACAAUUGCUGGUGAUCUAGUUGACAUUAUAACUUGUUUAUGUCAAGGCUGUAGACGUGUUCUACACAGUUCUGAUAUUUCAAAAAUAUUUCAUGAUCGAGAUUUUAUUUACAUGUUACGUGAAUUACGUUUUGAAUUACGAACAAAUUUAACAAAUGAAGAUGUUGUUCUGGAUACGAUUCGACCCGAGAGUUUAUUGUAUGCAUUAGAGAAUAAUUUUAAUGGUAUAAAUGGUAAACAAUUUGAAAAAUUAACUGAAAUCUUCUUUAAAGCUGUACAAGAAAAACGUCCCGAUUUUGAAUUAUCAUUAAAAAAACAUCAGAAUGAUGUUCGUCGUGAUAUAAUCAAAAUUCUGCAAGAUUCGAUGAAACUCGAAUCAAUGCAACGUCGAUUGUAUGGUCGUUAUAAAUUAAUUAUCGAUGAAUCAGAUGAUGAAAGUGCUGUUCGUCUUUUAUUUCAAACAGGUAUCAUCGAUCCAAAUCAAACAGAAGUCUUUCGAAUGUCAGAUUUUUCCGAUGAUAUUAAUAAUGAACUGAGAAAUGUUGAAAUAUUAUCGACAAUUAAAUUAUGUAUGGAAACAGGAAAGACAAUCUUAAUGGUCAAUACCGGGCGUAUACACGGUUCGCUUUACGAUGUAUUUAAUCAGAAUUUUUCAAUAAUGGCUACAGGUGAUACAAGAAAAAUCUUUUCAAAAGUGGCAAUCGGUUCAAAAACAGUUGACGUUGUCGUCAAUGAUAAUUUUCAAUGUAUUGUACAUAUCAAUCGACAUGAAUUUGAUGAUAUACCAGCACCAUUUUUAAGUCGAUUUCAAAAAUAUUCAUUAAGUAUUGUUGAUUUUUAUCGAAUUCAGUUUCAACGUCUUUCUUCGGAAGAACAAAAUAUUAUGAAUAAUGUUGAAAAUAAAAUGCAAACAUUUAUUAAACAUUUCGGUCAACAAUAUUUAUAUGGAUUGAAUGAUAAUACCCUUUAUUCGUGUUUACUAUUAGUAAUUGAAACUGAUGAAAAUCGACAAUGUUCGAUUUCAAAUAUUCAUCAGAGUUAUUCUCAAUUAAAUAUCAAAACAAAACGAUUUAUUGAAGAAAAUCCAGGAAAUAAACAACAGUGUCUGUUACGUUUUAUUUUAUCGAAAUUAAUUCAAAUUGCUUCACCUGAAUCGAUCAUAUUUAAAUUACCAACAUUUCAAGAUAAAUUUGCUCAAUCAUUAUUUAAAAACUAUUUUCAAUAUCAAGAACAUUUCAAUAUUGAAAAUUUUGUUCGAGAACUUAUACAAAAACAUGAAAAUCAAUCGUCAUAUCCAAUUACAACUGAUACACAUACAGAAAUCAAUACUAUCAUGACAACUAAAGUAAUAAUAUAUACGCGUACAUCACCUUAUGUUGUUGGAAUUAAUAAAGCAUCCAAAUAUCAAUUAUUCAAUAAACAAAAUAACAAUACCUUUGAUGAAAAUAUCAAUGAUUUGGUAGAAAUUCUAAAUCUCGUGAGUUCAAGUGUUAUAUUAACCAUUUAUAAUUGA